CAGGGGAAAAGCAUCGUGGGGAUGAGCGAGAGAACUACCUGCCAAUACGGAUACACAUGGAGCCUCCAUCAUCACUGCAAGUUAGCAGCUCACACCAAGUCUAAACUAUUUCGUUAGAGUAGCCUACCCUACAAAUAGUCAAACUAAAUAUUUUCUCCUUUUUAUGCUUCCAUGCAUAAUAUUUCCUUAAUAAGAGGGCUAUGACCAUGGAUUUGGACGUUUGAUUACGCAAAGACGGAUUUUUUCUUUCGUGGCACAGUCUCCUUUCUGUACUCUAUACACUACACAAAGCAUCACCAUGGACGUUUUGGCGAAUCACGGUAUUUUUCAGGAACUCCAGCUUGUGCAUGACACCGGCUACUUCUCUGCGAUGCCUUCGCUGGAGGAGAACUGGCAGCAGACGUGCCUGGAGUUGGAACGCUAUCUCCAGACGGAGCCCAAGAGGCUGUCAGACUUCUUCGACGAAGAGCUCAACUGCCUGCUCACCCCGACCUACGUGAAGGAGGACAGUGAAGAGGAGCUACUGGACCCCCUCCUCCCCAGCCUCCCGGACCCACCAAGCCCUCCCCUGCCACCCUUGCCCUGCCCCUCCCGAAAGCACCUCGCUGGGGCCUUGAAGUCAGCCAAGCCUGGCGUCGGUGAAGGGGCGGGCUUAACAUCUGGAGGGGGAGGGGUGCACCCUGCCCAGCUUAGUGCGGUCACCUCCCUGACCCCGCCCUCGUCCCCGGAACUGGGCCGCCACCUAGUCAAGCCCCACCCCCAUACUCUGACGGCGUCUGCAGAUGGCACGCUCACUCUCAAACUGGUGGCGAGGAAGGUGGGGAUAAGUGCGGCCAGGUUGGUGGCGGCCCACGCACUGCCCCUGCCCGCGGGUUGCCAGAACACAGGGGGGCACAGCGAUGGAGAGCACGGGGGCACGUGUGUGAUCGGCGUGGGGGAUAUCCCUGAGAACAAGAAGAGGGUCCAUCGCUGCCAGUUUAACGGCUGCAGGAAGGUUUACACCAAGAGUUCGCACCUAAAGGCACACCAAAGGACACACACAGGGGAGAAGCCCUACAAGUGCUCAUGGGAUGGCUGCGAGUGGAGAUUUGCCAGGAGCGACGAGCUGACGAGACACUACCGGAAACACACGGGCGCAAAGCCCUUCAAGUGUAAUCACUGUGACAGAUGUUUCUCGCGAUCGGACCACUUGGCGCUACACAUGAAGAGGCAUGUCUGACGAGGCGGAGGGAGAAGAUGGGAAGAAGGGUAGGACGGACGUAGAGAGAAAAGAUGAGAGGUUGGAAUGGAGGUGAACAUUAUGCCUGAGUUCGUAAAGGAUCCUGAGAGAGUUCAGUCCAAAGCUUGGUUGCAUCGGAUCCUGGGUCGGACCAGCCCUGGGGUGACACAGGGGAGACUGAGGGCUCCAGGUUUCGUGACUUCUAUGUAUAGACAAACCAACUGACAAUGGUCAAUGUUGUUGGCAGAGCGACUAUGCGUUGCCCAAGCUGAUUCCUAGACAUCUGAUACUGCCGCUAUUCUGCCUCGAGACGAUUACACACUAAUCAACUGACUGUCACUUGGAAACAAAAAGAUGUGUUGUCUCAUUGUCUGUUGCUCUCUCUAAGUCAUCUUAGCAUGUGGACAGUUGCAAAACACCACAAGACAAGGAUGAUGCGCAAAGCCAACCGGGCCAAAUUUGAUGAAAAUGAACUAUGAUAUUCAGAUUCCUGUAUAUUCCUCUUAUUCUCCUGAAGCACUCCUCACAAUCUCUACUCUAAGUCCUCCACAGUUGUGCAGCGACACUUUUGAAACAUUGUAAAAAAUUAAAUUAAAAAAGAUUCAGUCUUGAACUGGAAAGUCUUGAAAUUCACCAAACGUUGGCUUUGACUGCCAUAUGCACAAGCGUCUAAGGACAAGUAGCAAAACUGCUACCGAAGCACAGAUGGCAAAGGACAUCCUAAUUGAUGUGUACAGGUUACAUGUAUUUAAUUUAUUUCUAAAAUCCCUUCCCUUCCCCUAUGUGUUGCUCAGAACAAUUAUUUUCAGAGCAUACAGAUCGUGAAAAACCAAGCCUGUGAAAGCUUCAACACUGUUGAAUGAUACCAACGUCUGUGGGAGAAAUGUAGGGCCUUAUCUGGUAGGGAGUUGGUCCUCACAGACUUGGUGUGGGAUUAGCUCUGGGACCAUGCUCUGACAUAGACUCAGGCCAAACCCCGUACAGGACUACAAAGGGCAACUCUGGCAACUACCAGUCAAGAAACAAGCCUUGAGCCAUGGAGAGACAAAGUAUACAGACAGAAAUACUGUCCUACAGCCCGUCACAUAUCGAAUUCUGCCCAGGUCUCCAGCUCAUUUUAAUAGGCUGAGAUGUUUCUCUGUAAGUUGAGAUGUGGGAAUUGUGGGAAAUAUUUUGUUGAGGGGUGUUUCUUCUUCUUACGGUCCACUUACAAUCAAGGUGUUUGGGGAUGGGAGGCUCUUUCUAGAGUGAGUACUUGUGAAUGUAAUGUUGUCUGUCUGUGCAUGGCAUUGGAACCCAGAAAGGACAUGGUCGUUGCGAUUGUUGUGCAGUGGAGCCAUACUGUGUUGGUGGUACUGGUACGCGAAAGCCAGGCAGAAUGUUUCAUUCAGAGCACUGUAUCAGUCUUCUCUUCACCUUUGUCAUAACCAUCUUUAUUCCUCACCCUCUGUCUAGUAACUGACUGUCCAUCAAAAUUGAUGCAUAAACACACACAUCACUUGGCAAAAAGACGGAAGAACAUUAGCUCUGGGUUGAUAUUUUUUGCCAGUCCUUUGCCAUCUAGACCUUUUCUUGGUUAGCUGUUAGCAUUGUUCAGUGCAAGCCUUCCCACAGCUGCCCGCUGACUUGUCUGACAUUGGCCAAUGGGAUAGGGAGGGCUCGUUGACAGCAGGGCCAUAGAGGUAAUGAGGGACGAAUUCUGCUCCCUCAGCGGCGCUGUUCAACAUUGGUCAGCCUUCUAACGGGAAAUUCACCACUGCACUCUCUCUCUCUCUGGUCUUACUGUUGAGAGGUCACACUACCCUACUGACAAAGUCCCAUUCCCAGUUCUGGGCACCCACUUUCCUGCCACUCAUAAUUUCGAAUUAAUAAAAAACUCCAGGGUCAGGUUCUGUAGGAAGGAAACAAAUCAGAUUGACGCAAGCUACCAUCUAUGACUGGGCGUUAUAUUUAAACAAUAAGGCAAGAUGAGAUGUGGUAUAUGGCCAAUAUCUUGCUAUUAAAGGCAGUUCUUAGGCAUGACAUAACAGAGAGUCCCUAUAAACAGCCCUCGGCCAUGGCAUGUUGGCCAUAUACCACACCUAAGGUUUAAAUUGUUAUUAUAUACCAGGUACAAUAGUAAACUUUAUUUGGUCCAUUCAUUGGUACAAGGUCGAUAUUACACGACUUAUACAUUUACAUUUCAGGGUUCAAUCCACCAGGUGUAUUUUGUCUGUAAGGGGUACCCAUAAUGACAUGUUGACACAAUGCUGAAUAAAUAAAACAUUCACAAAUUGUCCACGUUUGGUUACUAGACAUCAAAACAAAUGGGAAUCUUUUAAAAACAUUACACAUUCUUGGGGUCGCUCAUCAAACCUUCAGAAAACAAUACAGUCAAAGCCCACUAUAGCGUCAAAAUAAAUGGACAAAUAAAUGUCUGGUGAUUUUAUAUUUUGUACGGAUCGCCCUUCUACCACAAGAACGUACCUCUGAUGAUUUUUAUGCUACAGUGUGAACACAACACAGACCUCUUCAACCAUCUAGCUAACUGUGCACAGACGAAGUGCAGGAAUGUUGCAUAUGUGGUCUCAAUGAUUUGUAUCAACUACUAUGAAGAGACCAAAAGAGGAUUUUUUUUUUUUUAUGUUAUGUGUAUGUCAAGCCUUCACCACAUUGACUCUCCCCCAAUGUUUACUGUCUCUAUCCAGGUGUCUGACUGGUUCCAAUAAACCAGCAUGAAGACCAAAACACGCACAGACAAUGGAGGUCGAUCCAUUCAAAAGGUUCCAUAGUAGUUUAACCGAUGAUUAUUGUAUCCUCCGGUUGGCAGCUUGCUGUGUUUAGAUUUCUCUGUAUUUCAGAAUGGAAACAUAAAGACUAGCCUAACUUGUCUUGUGCAGGUUUUACUGUGAACAGUGAUUUUUCUGUGCAAAUGCUUGCUUCUCACUGAGACAUUGAUUGUGACAUAAUUGUUUUACAUGAUCUAAAAUUCAACAAGUUUCACAAUGCGCCUGAACGGAGUGCCCUUUGGUAGGCUUACCCGAGUCGAGAUAAAACAACGAGCAAGCCUAUUGUAUCUCAUUUCUUCAGUCAGUACAAAUCGGCUACAGCUUUACAAUUUGUUAUAACAUUUUGAAGUGGGAGCCACACAGGCCUUCUGAUUGUUGUGGGUAUCAAGACACUGCAUCUUGAUAUAUGACCUGUAUAACUUGUAUCUUCUGUGCCUGACUGUUUCUUUUGACAGGGUGUGUCGGCCGUCACAUUUUACCAAACGUCGCCAUUUUCUCCCUCCCUCUGCCCGUAAAUACGUUCUCCCUCAUGUCUGCUAAUGUCUGUCAACCUGUCCUGUACAGACCGCCACAUGAACUUCGGAUGUUACAUAAUAAACCACCUGAAAUAUGAUGAUGCACUCUGACUGGUGUCGACAUAUCACCAGUUUCCUGACCUUUUUCAAAGACACACCUUGAUGAAGGACCUGUCAUUUAGUAAACCUUGACCGAGAAAUGCUAGGACAAACUGGCAAUCACUCUUCACAUUCACUUUAGUCCUUUUAAUUGUCUUUGUGCAUCCAAACUUGAUUCGGUUUUACGACUAAUGUUUUCACUGAAUUGUGUUGGGAAUAGAUGAACAUGUAUUGUAGGUCCAGUUUAGCGAUUCACCACAUAGUGCCACCUGGUCUGAAUCUCAUGUCAAAAUCCGUUUCCCUUUCUCUACCAGCGUCCCGUCUCCGAUACUCCUUACUGCAUUCCCCUUUCACUCUCUUCCCCCAAAUCCUCAUAUCUCCUCUGUUCUCUUAUUCCGCUUCUUUGCUGUACAAAGUGGUUUCAAAGUUAUUAUUUGUAUGAUGUUAGUAUGACAAUGUUCUUUAUUAUGGAAAAAGGAAAGAUUUAUUUUUGUUACUGGUUUGUUUCCUAAUUCUUUUUUAAAUUGGUAUUGUAAUAUCUCUAUGCAAGAAC